AUGAGGUGUUUUUACAACAUGCUUUUAUUUUAAAACUUAAGAACAUAUUUUACUUUGAAGGUCUCGACCGGAAGUCUGGCAGUGUUUACAAAACAGCAGUAGCGACUUCCGGUUAGUACCACCAGUUAGCGGUCCUGUUAAAAUGUUUUGUUUUGGUCUUUAGUCGGAAUCAUUUUCUGUAAAUUGCCACUGCCAAUAAAGUUAUGAAGCAACAAUAUAAUGGCAAGUUAUGUCAAAAUUGCUUGUUUGGUUAACAAGUAGCUUGAGUCCUCGUUUGCAGCAGGUAGCUGAGUAGCAACAGAUGUGCAGCAUGGCAGCUUAAUUCAUUUCAACAGGUGCUAAACAGAAUCAGAAACGUGGCGUUAAUAACUUCAUGAUUGUAAAGUUAGGUGAAAGUCAGUGGUUUUUUUCCCUCUUUUGUCUCGUUUAGUUUUCAGCUGUUGUGCCUGUGCUCGCCAGGUGUUAAUUUAAGCUGUUAUUUUAGUUUUUUUUUUUUUUUUUUUCUGAAAUUUGCCACAAUUGUGUGUCAUGAUCGCCGGCCGAGUCUUGGUAAAUCUUAGGUUUUGGUGUCCGAAAGGCUUUUGUGUACAAAGUAUAAAAUCCGUCAAUGAAUUGCCGUUUUGGAAGCUGUAUUCUACAACUACAGAUCACUGUGGGAAAGUCAGAUCAUUUAAACCAUCUGCACACUGGGCCAGACAUCAGGCCACAGCACAGACCUCUUUCCAACUGCACAAAAUAGGUGAUAUGCAGUCGUCAAGGGUCUCCUGUGAGAGAGAGGCCAUUUCUGUGGGGUUAGAUGAUGAAGAUGAAGACGAGGAAGGUGGUGGUGGUGGGAGUUUGGUUGAGCAUGAGAGUAAAGGCCAACAGGAGGACAUUACUACCUCAGAGCAGGUGGAUGCCACCAGCAUGGACAUCCAAGGAGAAGAAGCCACAGCAUCAAAUGAGAAACUAUCAAAGGGGCAGAUGAGGAGGAAAAAGAGGAAGCUGAAGAAGAAAAAGCUCAAGUCAUCUGAUAUUUCUGAUAAUUUAAUGUCAGAGCUCCCUUUUGCACUGACUAGCCCCACCACGUGGAAAGAACUGGGAUUCCCUAACCCAGAGUCAACGAACAAAAAGAGAAAGAGGAAAAGAGGAGACAGCGGAGCCCAAGUGGAUGGUGAGGAAGAUGGAGAGAAGAAAAAGAAGAAAAAAGAGAGCCAAAGACCCAACUACUUUGUCUCCAUCCCCAUCACUAACACUCAGAUAAGCUCAGCUGUGUCUGAGGUUCAGGAAGCUGUGCUUCAGCAGGAGCCUCGAUUGGCCAAAGCCAUGCUCCCUGUCCCGACUCUUCACAUCACGCUGCUCGUCACCCAUCUCGCCAACCAGGAGCAAAUAGACCUGGCGGCAGAUGCGCUGACUCGGGCUGAGCCGUCAGUGGCUGAGCUGCUGCGGGGGCGGGACCUGGAGCUGCCAUUCUCAGGGAUCAGUCACUUCAGGAAGGAGGUGGUGUUUGUCGGAAUGGCCAGCGGACAACAGAGAGACACAUUGGACAGCUUGGCAGGGCUGUUGCGGAGUUCGUUUGAGGAGCAAGGUCUUCUACAAGGAGACUCUCGUGGCUUCGAGCCCCACCUCACCAUUAUGAAACUGUCCAGAGCAUCAAAACUACGUUCUCAGGGUAUAAAGCGCGUGGACCCAGCACUUUAUUCAGAGUAUACCAACAAAUUUUUUGGAAACCAGAUGGUGGAGCGGGUGGAUCUUUGUUCUAUGUUGAAAAAGAAGCAACAAGACGGGUAUUACCACACUGAGACUUCACUACAACUAGAUUUACCACCGAAACCAUUCCAACGCUCAAGUGGGCGUCGCCGGUCUGAGCCAGACGAGGCGGAGCUGCUGCGAGUGAGCAAGCGAUUGGUGGACGACGCCGUCAAUCGCGCCCUGCAACAGUUCAAACAGGAAACACUUCAAAAUGGGGGUGGCCCCAAUACGGCUACAUGGCAGGGCGCCGGAAACGCAGAGGAAACCUCUACGAAGACGGAUACUACAGCUAACUCCUCCACAGACAACAGGAAGUGACCUCAUCUGACAGAGGCACGCAUGUACUGAGAAAAACCAGCAGCCCAUCAAGGAAACCAUCAAGAGCAGGCCUGGCUAACCAGGAGAGACGUCAGGGGGACCCGGGCCCGGAGCCUGAACCAGCUAGCCAGUCCUGCUGGCCACCCUCCCUCCUGAGCUCCACUAAUGGAUAUCGUAGCUUCAGAUCACUGCUCGGAGACCGUCCCACACCAGCUAGCUCAGCCUGUCAACUCGCCGGCUCUACGGUCAGAUAUCGUCCUUCACUCCUGCGGGAGUCGUCCCAGAAAACGCGUGAAGCACUCCCGUAAGGACACACGUGCUCGUCUAGGCUUCACUGUGACCUGCCACUCAGAAACUGCCCUUUUAGAAUGACACGUUUAUAUUUUGUAGAAGAGAUGGGUUUACUGUCGUCAACACUUAAAAAAGGACUCCUUAAUGUCCUAAUGACUAAUUUCAGGUGAAGAAAACAUGAAAUCCUUAUUUGAACUUUGUUUUUUUUUCCGUCUCCCAUCGUUUAUCUUUAUGGCUGAAGAGGAUCAAAUAACCAGAGCUGGUGUGUCUGAUCGUGACUGGCUGGAUUCCUCAAACGUCACCGUUAACAUGUUUCAGUAUGUCAGACUUUGGCGCGCGUCAGCUUUUGUCUAAGUGGUUGUUUGUGGCUUUCGACUUUGGAAGAAGGAUUUUUCUUUUCCUUUUCUUCCCCUCGGGUUGAGCUUCAAGCAUUAAAAAUAACCGCGCCGCGUCAACCAAGCGUGUUCUGCCGUGGCGGCACCGAGACAAUCAUCGAGUUUAGAUCAGUUCACAUGUGAAACACAAAACUGGCACCUUGCCGUUGACCCAAACUGGAUCCACUAACGCUCGUACAGACUCCUACGUCGGUCUGGCGUCCCUAACGAUUGUUCUCUACUAACAACACUAACUUCACCCGACUGCCAGGUGGAUCGCAGGCCGUCGGUUGAGGAUGAUGGGAAAUAACGCAGUAAAACAGUACACUAUUGAGUUGCCAAGAACACAUCUGACCUUCAUCAACACCAAAAACUCAUGAACAACUGCAUGUUCCAAAGGUUAAUUUCAUCACUCACCUUCCUGUCUGAAUGUUGUUUUUUGUUCCUCAAAGGGUAUACCAUCAUUGGGUCAGACAGUUUUAUUUGUUUGAAUAACAAACUAUAGAUGUUGAAUUCUUCAAAUCACCAUGGACUCUGAUGGGUGUCAGAGGUUCAGUGAUUUUUUUAGUUUGUUUUUGUUUUAUUUAGUUUCUAGCGCUGAUCGUGUUCUGUAGUGCUGCACGAUCAGUCAAAGCCGAGCGUUGAUCCAGCCGGACUAGGAGGUGCAUUCAGACAAUCAGACCCUCCUGCUCUUCACUUCACUGUCCUCCCCCACUUCUUCUUUUUUUCUUUAUUAAUCCCCCACUUAAGCUUAACAAGUCCAUCCAUGCCAUUCAGAAACAGCUUUGCAUCAACUAAAAUGAAAGGAGAUUGAAAUUAUGCAAUCUGUGAAGAUAAGGUCUUCAUCUGAUGGCAAGAUUACAAUAAAUAUUAUUUUAUUCUUUUUAACUAUUUAUUUGACUUGAUUCUUUUCCCUGUUUAAGAAAAAAAAAAGAUUUUAUCUUAAAUGUUUGACUUUUGAAAUGAAGGUAAAAGCAGUCGGCAUGUAUUUUUGACAACCUACAAAAGCACAAAAUUUUUGAUUAGUUUUUAAUCUUUGUUUCAGAUGUAAUAAAGCAGGUAAACACGCUGUCCAAUCAGCUCACCUCUUUACGAAGCGGCCUUCAGUCACUGAAACAAAUUCACUUGAUUCUCUUGUUUUCUCAGAUGUUCUUACGCACAUUGGUGAUCUUUUUUUCUUUUUUCUUUUCCAGCCAAUGUGGGGAAAUAAAAAUCACUUUGCUGGAAGAUUUUCCAAAGUCUCCGAAAUGGCUGAAGAGUUGCAUUCUUGAAUAAAAUGUUAAGAUAUAAUAAUAUAUGUCCACCAUAAAGCAGAAUUAGUGCUAUCAGCGAGAUGCGGUUGCAGACCUGUGAUUUACUGCCACCCAACCCUUUGUGGAAAAAUGCAACCCCCAUCCCCAUAAAAUCCACCAAAAGACCGUCACUGUGGGAUAACUGGAAAACGUCAAAAACAAAGGAGGAUUCUGUCUUAAGGUGGACUUUUUAGUUUGAUCUUUUACUGUCACCAGAUCCUUAAUCUCCUUAAAAAAUCCCCUUUAAUACUCAAAUUGUCUUUUGGAAUUGUGUGGUUAGUCUGGUCAUCUGGUUUCUGAAAGCCGGUGAGUGUGUGUGUGUGUUUGUGUGUGUGUGUGUGAGUGUGUUCACGCAGUGUGGCGGGAUGUUUGAUCGCUGGUUCCCUUGAGAAACUCGUCUGUAUCAAUCAUCCGGUGGCAGCAUGUGAGAAUGACGGUACAAAUUAACCUUGUCUGUUUGUCUUUCCACGUGUUCACGUGUAUGUCGGGCAGUGUGGGCGUGUCUUUGGUCUGUGUGCUGUAUAUCUUGGUCUGACAUGUUUGAACAAUAAAACAGGAUAUGAGAUUCAAAACCAA